UACAAUGGCUUGAUCUAUCAUUCAAUGACUUAAAAACAAUUGAUGAGGCACUCCUCCACUGAACUCCCUAACUUAACAAUGAUACAUGGUAAUAACAUUAAAAGACUUAAAGAGGUUGACAAACUUGUAGCCCUAACAAGACUUAAGUCUCUAAGUCUUCAUGGGAACCCAACAGAAUCAGUCUCCGGCUACAGGCAGUACAUUGUUACUCACAUACCACAGCUGCAGACUGUGGACUUCAGUGGAGUGACUAAAGCUGACAGGAAGGUCUCUGAUGUUUGGAUGAAGAUGAUGAUUGGGAAGGACUCAAAGGAAACAAGGAAACCAAAAAUGACAAUGGAAUAGAAAUAAUAUAUAGAUCUACAUGUAUGCAUGUUUUAAGUGUUAUAAUUGUUUUUUAGUUGACUAUUUUUUGUGUAGAAAAUCAAACAAUGCAUAAUGCAUACUUUACAUUUACAUGUACUAAAGUCCCUCAAAACUUCCAACAUUAAACAGAACAG